AACAUACUGCCAAUUACCGUCCAGGUGAUUUUGCUGCUCGAGCUAGAACUGCAGACAAAACUGCACAGCAUGGUCCUCGACUGUACAGGAAUUACGUUGCACGAUACAAUCUUUUGUUUAUUGUGGAACCGAUGAACUGUACAGGUGGUAUUCUUCCCAAUUGGCUAAAAGCUCCUUGUGCAGCAGGGAGUAUAAAAUGAGUUUCUGGAAGAAUAAAUUGGACAAUAAAGCACCGUUCACAGUUCAACUUACCUCUUCGUCUAGAACGCUACCUGCUCUGUCUUUGUACAAACUCCGUUGCAGAAAAUGGGAAGCCAGACUGCGACGACGUGGCUCGAUAAGCUCCAUGAGCAACUUAAUGUUGAUAUUGAUUGCAUGGAUCCCGCUGAAGCAAAAAAGCUUCCAUUCGUGCCAAUGGAUCAAACUAGCAAUCAGCGCCUAGUCUAUCAACAAAUGGUAGCCCCGGAAAACAGGGAGUUGUUCCUUGCUGUCGCAAAGGAGUUGAAAGAGGAAGGCUGGAAGGCCAUUUACUUUCGCAUGGCCGCUGAACUUUGUGCUCUCAACAUCGGGAAUCUCAGGGGUCGUGUCCUUCUCCAAUCAUCACCUUUUCAUGCAUAUGACACAGAAAAGGUCAUUGAUGAUGCUCGCUCUUAUGUUAAACAGCUGGAAAAAGUUGGGAUCAUGAGAGAUCGUGUGUGCAUCAAAAUUCCUUGUACAGGCCCUGCCUUGAAUGCUGGUCGAAUUCUUCUCAAGGAAGGGAUUCGCACGUUAGGAACGUCUCUCUUUGGACUCCCUCAGGCGAUUGCUGCUAGCCAAGCAGGUUGUCUCUCAAUUAGCCCUUAUUUCAACUUACCAUGGUUUCACUACGACCCAACUUUGUGGCCCGACGUUGAAGAUCCUGCCCUCGAACAUCCAAUGUCACCAAGAAUGGUUCAGAUUGUCGAGACAUAUCGGCGUUUGCAUAAAGAGACGGGCCAACCACAACCGUUGCUAAAACCCGCCAGUUUUCGAUCGGCCAAAGAGACCAUGGCAAUGGCAGAAUUUGGUUGCGAACACGCAACGAUUCCCGAAGAUAUCCUUUCUUCUCUAGCAUCGCUUGACUUGGUUGCGAAUCCGCCACCAGGCGAUUAUUCGACUAAACACUGGGGUGUUCCUAAUUCGAGGCUAGCUCAUUUGAUCAACGUUGACCCUCUCGCUGGUCCAGACUGGGAUGGAAAAUUGGCAUCAACAGAUGUUGAUUAUCUUGCCAACAAUGGCGCCGCUCUCGAUAAAGCGAUCGAGGACGACGACGUAACCAAAAGAGGUCUUGCUCUUGCCCUCAAGGAAUUCCAGGGGAAUGAGCUUCAGACAAAAGCUGCAAUCGAGGAGGUUUUGAAAGAAAUUGCGUGAAAGGGUGUUUUGAUACUGUCAACGCGGCCUAAGUGGAGUACAUGUCGAUAUAUCUUGACUGCUAUAGAGGAAGCUGUGAUGCCUUUACGCAAUUUUCGUAGUUCAGAGAUAGGAC